ACAGCACCCCCAACUACAUCCACCACAACAGCAGCCCCAACAACAGCACCGCCCACUUUAACCACAACCGCAGCAGCCACGACAACAGCAGCCCCCACUGCAAACACAACAGUAACCACCACAACAGCAUCCCCAACUACACCCACCACAACAGCAGCCCCCACAAUAGCACCGCCCACUUUAACCACAACAGCAGCCCCCACAACAGCACCCCCAAUUACAUCCAUCACAACAGUAGCCAAUACAACAGCACACCCAACUACAACCACCACAACAGAAGACCCCAAUACAACCACCACAGCAGCAGCCCCCUCAACAGCAAACCCCACUACAACAGCAGCACCCCCCACCACAACCACCACAACAGCAGCAUCCACAACAGCAACGCCCACU